GGGCAGCCCAAUGAGCACGCAGACGCUGGGCCCACUGCCGCCACCGGCCAAUGCCCUGAGCCAAACCUCUGGCAAUCUCAAAGCCGAUGGCAGGUCCAUGUCCUCCUCCCCGGAGAGGAAAAGUUGGAAGCCGAGGGGCGCCAAAGACAUCAUGCGCUUCACGACGCAGUAUCAGUGGCAUGCGAAGAAGCAG